GCCCCGCCUCCUCCAGCAACCUACCGGGACAGAGGGGCGGGGCGAUGCUAAUGAAGUCUGUCGGGCCACAGUAGCAGCCGUGCGGCUCCACCAAGCCUAGGAGAGGGGGCAGCAGCGAUGGCCCUGACCGGGACGCUGGCCGGUCUGGCCGCGGGUUUGCAGGGCCCACGGGUCGGCCCCAGCCCGGACUCGGACUCAGACACAGACUCGGAGGACCCAAGUACCCGCCGCAGCGCCGGCGGGCUGCAUCGUUCACAGGUCAUCCACAGCGGUCACUUCAUGGUGUCGUCUCCGCACAGCGACACGCUGACCCGGCGGCGGGACCAGACAGGGCCCGUGGGACUCGCCGACUUCGGGCCGCGCAGCAUCGACCCCACACUUACUCGUCUCUUCGAGUGCAUGAGCCUGGCCUACAGUGGUAAACUGGUGUCUCCCAAGUGGAAGAAUUUCAAAGGUCUCAAGCUGCUCUGCCGAGACAAGAUCCGCCUCAACAAUGCCAUCUGGAGGGCCUGGUAUAUCCAGUAUGUGGAGACAAGGAAGAGCCCCGUGUGUGGUUUCGUGACCCCCCUGCAGGGGCCUGAGGCUGAUGAGCACCGGAAACCAGAGGCCGUCAUCCUGGAGGGAAAUUACUGGAAGAGGCGCAUCGAGGUGGUGAUGCGCGAGUACCACAAGUGGCGCAUCUACUACAAGAAACGGCUCCGUAAGUCCAGCAGGGAAGGGGAUCUCCUGGCCCCAAAGCAGACUGAUGGGGAGUGGCAGCCACCGGAGGGAUGGCCUGAGCAGCUCUUCUCCAGCGUGGUGCCUGUGCUGCUGGGGGGCCCAGCAGAGGAGCCCGGUGGGCGGCAGCUGCUGGAUCUCGGUUCCUUUUUGUCGGACAUCUCCGACACGCUCUUCACCAUGACCCAGCCCAGCUCCACACCCCUGCAGCUGCCGCCCGAGGACGCGUACAUCGGCAAUGCUGACAUGAUCCAGCCGGAACUGACACCUCUGCAGCCCAGCCUGGAUGACUUCAUGGAGAUCUCAGAUUUCUUCACCAGCUACCGUCCCCCACAGACAGCCACGCCUGCGAACUUCCUGGAGCCCCCCAGCUUCAGUCCCAUGGCUGACUCCCUUUUCAGCAGUGGGAUUCCGGGCUCAGAGGUGCCCCCUGCCUCCUUGGGCGUGACUCACCUCUCAGAGCAUCACCACUUGCAGGCUCGGAGCAGCUGCCCUGGCUCCCUGGACUCCAGUGCCUUCCUGAGCUCUGAUUUCCUCCUUUCUGAAGACCCCAAGCCUAAAUUCCCGCCCCCUCCCCCACCCCUCCCCUUCCCCCAGUACCCUGCCCCCCCUAAAGGGCCUGGCCUUGAGCCCUGUCCGCUCCCCCUCUUCCCUUCCAUGGCUCUGCCCCCUGCUGUGCUGCAAGAAGAAACUCUCUUCCCUCCCAGAUCCUCCUUCCCUACUGUCCCCCCUGCAUCAGGAGUGUCCCCACUGCCUGCUCCCACAACCUUCCCUUCCACCCGACAGCCUGGCCCAGGCCCUGCCCCCGCCGCCUUCCCCAUGGACCUUCUACCCUCCGGGUAUCCAGAGUCCCCAUUUGGGCCUCACUUCACAAUACCCCAAGAUGUGCAGCCCCAAGGCAAGCCCCCCACCCCACCUCCCAGGGCGCGGAAGCCCAGCCCUCCCACCUUGGCCCCUGGCACUGCUGGGGGCAACAGUUCCUGCCUCACACAGCUGCUCACAGCAGCCAAGCCUGAGCAAGCCCUGAAGCCACCUCCUGUGUCCAGUGCCCUCCUGCGGCCCCCAGAGUCCCCGCAGGAGACGGUCCCUGAAUUCCCCUGCACCUUCUUUCCCCCGACUCCGGCCCCCACACCACCCCGGCCACCUCUGGGCCAAGCCACACUGGCCCCUCCCAGGCCCCUGCUUGUCCCCAAAGUAGAGCGGCUGUCACCCCCAGCACCCAUCGGUGGCGAGCGGCGAGUGUCUGGGGAGCUUGACCUGGCCCCGGGCCCAGGGACUCCGAGGGUCCGAGUCUCUACUCCUCAAUCCAUCCUGAGCAGGGGUCGUCCAGAAAACAAGACUGAGAACCGGCGCAUCACACACAUCUCUGCAGAGCAGAAGCGGCGCUUCAAUAUCAAGUUGGGGUUUGACACCCUGCAUGGGCUGGUGAGCACGCUCAGCACCCAGCCCAGCCUCAAGGUCAGCAAAGCCACGACCCUGCAGAAGACAGCGGAGUACAUCACCAUGCUGCAGCAGGAGCGGGCGGCCUUGCAGGAGGAGGCCCAGCAGCUACGGGACCAGAUUGAGGAACUCAACGCUGCCAUUAAUCUGUGCCAGCAGCAGCUGCCAGCUACGGGGGUACCCAUCACACACCAGCGCUUCGACCAGAUGCGAGACAUGUUUGAUGAUUAUGUCCGGACCCGAACGCUGCAAAACUGGAAGUUCUGGGUAGUAUCCUCACUUGGCCAGCGGCAGGAUGCCAGGGCUACACGUGAAGUGGGUGAGGAUACUGGCUGGAAAACAGACCUGCUCCUUGACCCGGGCCAGUUCAGCAUCCUCAUCCGGCCUCUGUUUGAGUCCUUCAAUGGAAUGGUGUCCACAGCAAGCUUGCAGAGCCUUCGUCAGACCUCACUGGCCUGGCUGGAUCAACACUGCUCCCUGCCUGCUCUCCGGCCAACUGUCCUGAACUCCCUCCGCCAGCUGAGCACAUCUACCAGCAUCCUGACGGACCCAGGCUGUAUAGCCGAGCAGGCCACACGGGCAGUUACAGAGGGCACCCCUGGCAAACCGCUGUAGUACUGACCAGACCCUGCCAUUCACUCAAUUGCCUUGGGGCUACUUUCCUUCUUCUUGCCCCAGGCCCUGGCUGUCCUGUUUCCUGAGAGUGAAGCAGGACCCUAGCCUCUUUCUUACCUCCUGGAAGCCAGGAAGAACUGAGUUCCAGUCUCUGCUCUGCCAGUAACUCACACUGUGACCUAGGAGACUCCUGUUCCCUCUCUGUACCUCCAUUGUCCAGUCUGCAAAAAGGGGAUAGGGAAGCUUCAGCCAGAAGAUGACCCCAAGGCCUCAGCAGCUGUGACACUUGGGGCCUAAACUGGCAACUCAGGGAGCUUGAAGGAGGAGGAAACGGGACAAUCCUGUUUCCCUGUCAUCCUGCCUGCUCCCCAACAGGGAGGGCGAAGGCCUCUGUCUCUGAUCAGAGAAACAAAAAAGGAGGUUCCCUCUCUCUGUUCCUCUGGUAACCUGGGGCGCUGCAGGCCUGGGUGGAGGAGGCUGAGUUCUGAUCCCAGGAGGGCGCACAACAGGGGAGGUGGCCAAACCAAAGCAGGCAUCGUGUGUGUGUGUGUGUGUGUGUGUGUGUGUGUGUGUGUGUGUGUGUGUGUGUGAGUGAAUGCAUGUGUGCGGGUUUUGUAAAGAAUUCUUGACCAAUAAAAAUUUAAAAUGUUGG